UCUUUUUUUCAAACCUUUUUCAUCAUGUCUGAUAAAAACAAUGCUGCCGCUUAUAAUCAUCAGUUUGCCGAGGUGAAUGGCAUCAAGAUGCACUAUGUGGAUGAAAAUCCCUCUUCGCAAAAUGUGCUUUUGCUCUGUCACGGUUGGCCGGACCUUUGGCUGGGCUGGCGUGAACAGAUCUUCUUUCUAAGUCAACUUGGUUACCGUGUCAUCGUCCCUUCAAUGCGCGGAUUCGGUGGAACGGAAUCGCCUGCGGACCCGGAAAAGUACGGUAUGGGCGUGGUUUGCGCCGAUUUGGUUGCAUUAUUGGAUCAUCUGCAAAUUCCUACCGUCACUGUGCUUGGUCAUGACUGGGGCGGUGUCGUGGUCUGGCGUUUUGCCCAGUUCUAUCCUGAGCGCACCCACGCUGUCGCCAGUUUCUGUACACCUUACCUCAAACCAGAAACCCAAUACGUUCCUUUGGAAGAACUCGUCAAGAAGGUCCCCAAUUUCUCGUAUCAGCUCUACCUUACCACCCCUGAAGCCGAACAAGAGCUCAAUGAAAAUACGGAAGCUUUCUUUAUCCGUUUACUAAGACCCAUUGGUGAGACUACCGAGCGAUUCCUCGAUAGAGAAACGAUGCGUUUGGUAGCCGGUCGCGGUCCCAUGGCCAAGUGCGAUUCGUUACCCGCAUCAGUGCUUGACUACUACGUUGAACAAUUCCAAAAGACCGGUUUCCGAGGUCCCCAAAACUGGUAUAAACAGUCCAAGAGAAACUUUGAGCAAUGCAAAGAUCUUGACCCUAUCAUUCGCAAACCAUCCUUGAUGGUGGCGGCUGAACUGGAUCCUGCAUUACCACCUGCAAUGACCGCCAAAAUGCCCGAAUACGUCCCUGACCUUGAAAUGCACAUUGUCAAAGGCUCAGGUCAUUGGCUCCUCUGGGAAAAGCCCGAGGACUGCAAUGCCAUUUUGAAGGAGUGGCUCAAUAAGGUCGCUCCUGCUUCCUCGAAAAUUUAAACCAAUACCGAGAUGAAAGACAGAGUAGGAUAGCCGCCGUUUUUGGGGGAAAUAAAUCAUG